AAAUACAUCCAACGAAUCAAUCAAAGGAUGGGGAGAAGUUGCGGCGCGUCGAUCGAUUUUAAGAUUUACAGCAGUAAAAUUUUGUUUGCAUUUGGAUAUGAUGGAAGUGCAGGAACGCAAUCGUCGUGAUUCAGAUUUCAAAGAGCGAUUUUAAAACAUUUCUUUCCUAGUACUCCUUGUACGUAACCAAGACAUGUCAUUAUGCGCACUUGAAUUUCUUUCGAGAUACAUUUUAAAUGGUAUGGCGAUUUUAAUGUUUACAUGGGUAUAUUUAUUCAUUCUUCUUCUAAGUCCAGUGCGCAUCGAUUGUCAGAAAUGCAAUACCAUCUUUCCGUUUGCGGAAAUUUCGGAAAGCUCUUUGAAGGUGCACUUUGAGACGGUGACCGUAAAUUCAGAUGACAAAAUUUCUUACAAUCUUAGAGCCAACUUUAGUUGGGACCAUCCACAUGGAACAGGAUAUGACAAAUUUAUGGUUAGAAUGGUCAAGGCAGAUGGGGAAUUUUAUUCUUCCAGAUUAGAUUGUGAGGACGGUUCCAACCAAUAUGUGAUAGAUACGUUUGCAGUGUUCAAUAAUCUUCAACAUGGCUCUACAUAUGUAUUCCAGAUUGGUCUCUACGAUUCGACCUCUCACGGCGUUUCUCAGCCCGCGGAGGAAUUAUCAUCAGCAGCACCGGAUUGUUACGUAGAGACGUCUGAUCUGGACUACUGCGCGUCAAAAGACAUAGCAACGAUCGGUGUACCAGUAGCCGUGCAGAUAGACGAUAUCAUAAAGUAUCAGAGCCCUAACCCUACGGUGACCAUCUAUGUGACAUGGCGUCGUCCAGUGCAGAUCAACGGCCUUCUCACAUUAUUUUCUCUCAAUAUAUGGAACGCGAAAGGCAUGGUGUUUACGAAACUUCUGCGAGUCAACGAAGAACAUGCUGAUGGUCCAGAUGUAACAUUCUUCAGGAACAUCCCCAAUAUCACAGAGGGUAUCGAAAAUAGCCUCAUGGUUACUGCGUACGUCGCCCAAGAUGGCAAGUUUGGGAGUAUUUCUGGACCAGCAUAUCGUCUAAACUUUACCUCAACACCAACAACGUAUGUCACAUCUGCUCCUCCACUCGAGAUCGGAGACUCUGAGAUAGUGGAAAUUGAGGUGAGAAGACGUCAUAUACCCGUUGUGACGUCAUCAACCCCACAAACAUACAGUCAGAUUAAUCAGGUGUCAGAUACUGUUCAUUCUAUACCUGACACCUUACCUGCGACCGAUUUCCCAGCGUCUAGUCCUGUACCUCCGAACCAAGGUCAGAGUGAGUGGACCAAGGUAUUGCUCUAUUCAGGUGUGCCAGCGAUCGUCCUCACCUGUUGUAUCGCCGGCAUCUUGAUUCGUUUUCGACGGCGACGUUCCAAAUCCAGCGACGAGACACUCUUCAUUCGCUACCUUGAAAAUGGCAGCGCAGAGAAGCCACCCACACCUACAGUGAAACGGCCAUCUGUAGAUUUCCGUCCUAAGGACCCUGCAUUUGAAGGCAAAGAAUUUGACAGAUCUCUUCUGAAGAUUGAGAAGGAAUUGGGUGCCGGUCAAUUUGGAAUCGUAUACAAAGGUUAUGCAUUCGGUCUAUAUGGAACCAAGGAAUACGUUCCAGUAGCUGUUAAGAGUUUGAGAGUUAACGCCACACCAGCUAUGGAAGAGGACUUCUUAAAUGAGAUUAAGCUGAUGAUAGAUCUUGGUUCACAUCCUAACAUCCUGCAGAUAAUAGGAUGCUGUACAACACAAGAACCUAACUAUCUCAUUACAGAAUACAUGAAGUAUGGGGAUCUACUCCACUUCCUUUGGAAAUGUAGGGAGGACAAGUACAGGAGACAAGACAGCAUCUUCGACCUUACGCAGGCCAACCAGCUCCAGAUCUGUCGGCAGAUCUCUCGUGGAAUGGAAUACAUCUUCAAAACUCGCUAUUACCAUGGUGAUCUAGCCGCUCGUAAUGUGUUAGUUGGAGAAGGGUUAGAAGUGAAGAUAUCGGAUUUCGGUCUGGCUGAUGACAUCUAUCAGAGUGGCUACAAACGACUCGCUCCAGACAAGAAAAGACCAGUCAAGUGGGUUAGUCUUGAGACGAAUACCAUUGGAAGAUGCACCAUACAGAGCGAUGUAUGGUCUUUCGGAAUCGUGAUGUAUGAAAUCUACACCCUUGGUGGCAUACCUUACCCGGGAAUGGAUGGAAGAGAAAUCAUAACAAAACUACAAGAAGGAUACCGUAUGCCCAAACCUGAUCAGUGUCCGGAUGACAUCUAUGACAUCAUGAGGGCAUGUUGGCAUGCCAGUCCAUCGGAGCGUCCAACCUUCACCGCGAUAUUCAAGCGACUGGACGACAUGCUCGCCGUCGAUUCAGACUACCUCACUGCGGAGCUCGAUGACGUCCAGCAGUUCAAUUUCACUACAGCGCCAUCACUCGACGACAAGGAAUCAGUCGGCCGAAACUUAUCAGAGGAAGAUAUGAACAUGCCGGCGAUUGGUGAAAGAAUGGCAGAGGAGGAGGAGGAGGUGGGUCAUCCGAAGAAGAUGAAAGAUUCGGUUGCUAUGAAUACUAAAUCCAUGGAAACGGCCAUGGGUCAUAGAAAUCCUGGAUUUCUGAUGGAGGAAGAGGAAUGCUCGGUAUCGAUCAAGCGUGACAGUAGGAUUUUACUGGAUCCGAUAGAGCAUGGUUGUGGUGGUACUGAAGUGGUAUCGGGUAAAGUGUAAGAAGAUAGCCAAAUUAGCUUUCCUGUGUUGUUCAGUCAAGUUAUCAUCUUCGUUAUACAUGUUAUAUUUUACCUGUAGCUGGGUUAAAAAUUUGAUUCAAUAAUUGUCAAAGAACUACAUACUGUAAAAGAUGAAUAUAACCAUUCCCGGAUGCCCUGACUUUAAAAACAUUGUCAAAUGUGGCAAACCCUACUCAAAGAAAUAAAAUUGAUAUGAAGCGAUUAAUUACUCGCCAAAUUAAAAUUGUCAAAUGUAUUUAUCUUGUGCUGUAUUAGCUGUAAGGUUGUCAAAUGUAACGUUAAAGAAUAAGUUUCCUCUCAGCUGGUAUCUUUAUUUUCAAUCACAUUUUGCUUGAAUAGUUUAGACACAUCUUUGGCAUCCAGGAUUGUCUUAAGAUUAAUGAGUGAAACUACAUUCAUUAUUUUCAGCGGGCUUAGAUAAAACUUGUCCCUUUGCAUUCUCCAAUUUAUGGUAUGAGUUCAGUAUUUUCUUAUUUUCAUAACAUAUUACUUGCUUUCUUGCAAACUAGGGCAACUCAUCAUAAUUUAGGCAAUGAACAAUUCAGGAGACAGUAAACCUAAUUAUAUUUCUAGCAUGAGUAAAUUUCACACUUUAUAUUUGCCACUGAGAUUUCGUAUGGAUAUCAACGGAAAAUAAACGUGGGAAAACGGAUCUCUUUCGUGCAGCUCUAAAGUUCAAUAUUUUGUCACAAUACCGCACGACUAAAAUAUUUUCUGCUAAGUCUCUACAUGUCCUACUUUGAACGUCAUUAUUACACUUUAUAUUUAGAUUAUAUCAAUGUAUAUGCUCUGAAAAGUAUCGAUGUCACAUGAAAUGAAUUUUGUUAUAGAUGCCCGAUCAUGAUACUUAAGUAACAACAUGACAUUAAUAUUUAUAGUGAUAAUAAUAAUAAUGAUACUAAUAAUUGUAAAAAUGAUAAUAAUAACGAAUAUUAUCAUUAUCAUUAAUAAUGAUAAUAAUGAUAUUGAUAACAAAAAUAAAACGAAACAAAAUAAUGAAAACAUUACCAAUAAGGCUUGUAAUAACAAUGUUUAUAACACUACUUGUACAGCUUUUACUGCUACUAUAUCGUAUACUACUAAUAGAAGCAAUUCAAUUAAAAAUGAUGGCAAAAAUAAUAAAAAUGACAAUUAUAGUACCGAUAGUGGUAUUCAUUGAAACAUUAUUUAACAAAUUGUUUUCAAGGUAUUGUUUAACUUUGUGAGCAGCCGAUUAAAAAAAUCUCAAACGAAGAUGAAACAUGUGUA